UCAGAACUUUCAGUUGUAAUCAAGGUUCACGUAAUCUUUACGCAACGUGGAUGUGACCCACAGUAAUUUACUCACAUUAAAAAUGCUCUAUAUAUGCUAUGGAUAAGAAACUCUUGAUCAGAGUUCUGGUGUUGGUUGUGAUCAUGGCUGCAAUCAGUACACAGUUGACCUUUCCAAAAGGAAAUUCCCAAGAUAGCAAUGCAGAACACAGGAACUCUACAGUGAUUUAUAAGGAUCCCCACCAGCCAGUUGAAGACAGGAUUGAGGAUUUGCUUUCAAGGAUGAUUUUGGCUGAGAAAAUUGGGCAGAUGACCCAAAUUGAGAGAGUAGUGGCUACCCCUGCAAUUAUAAGGGACCUUGGAAUAGGUAGUGUUUUGAAUGGCGGAGGAAGUAUCCCUGGAACUGAGGCAUCUCCUGAAAUGUGGGCUGAUAUGGUAGAUAGUUUCCAGGAUGGGGCUCUGAGCUCCCGUCUUGGGAUUCCUAUGAUUUUUGGAACUGAUGCUGUUCAUGGCCAUAAUAAUGUUUAUGGAGCAACCAUUUUUCCACAUAACAUAGGCCUUGGUGCAACAAGAGAUACUGACUUGGUGAAAAGAAUUGGAGCUGCUACUGCUCUUGAAGUCAGGGCUACUGGUAUUCCAUAUGCAUUUGCACCUUGUGUGGGUGUAUGUCGUGAUCCACGAUGGGGAAGGUGUUAUGAAUGUUACAGUGAAGAUACUGAAGUAGUUCUAAAAAUGGCAGAAAUCAUUGAAGGGCUACAGGGCUCUCCUCCUGAAGAACAUCCUAAUGGCUAUCCAUAUGUGGGGGGACGACUGAAUGUUGUAGCUUGUGCCAAGCAUUUUGUUGGAGAUGGUGGAACAGAGGGAGGAGUCAAUGAACACAAUACUCUGGCAACCUACUAUGAUCUUUUCCAGAUUCACAUGCGUCCAUACCUGUACUCCUUGGCAAAGGGCGUGUCAACUAUCAUGGCUUCUUACUCUAGCUGGAAUGGAGAAAAAAUGCAUGCAAACCAGCACCUUCUAACUAGGAUUUUGAAAGAUGAACUCGGAUUCAAAGGAUUUAUCAUUUCAGAUUGGGAAGGAAUAGAUAGGAUCACCUCGCCACCUGGCUCAAACUACUCAUACAGUGUUUCUUCUUCGAUCAAUGCAGGAAUGGACAUGGUGAUGGUCCCUUUCAAGUUCGAAAAUUACAUCAGUAACCUUACAGAAUUAGUUAAUUCAGGCCAGAUUUCUAUGAGCAGAAUAGAUGAUGCAGUUAGGAGGAUUCUCAGGGUCAAGUUCAUUGCUGGCUUGUUUGAACAUCCCAAAACAGACAGAUCAUUGUUGGGCAUGGUUGGAAAUCCUGCUCACAGAGAAAUAGCCAGAGAGGCAGUUCGCAAGUCAUUGGUUCUCUUGAAGAAUGGAAACAGGGGUGAGAAACCAUUAUUACCUUUAAACAAGAAUGCCCAGAAGAUACUAGUAGCGGGCAGUCAUGCAGACAAUCUGGGAUACCAGUGUGGUGGAUGGACAAUAAGCUGGGCAGGCAGCAGUGGAUCCACGACUGUAGGAACCACUAUUCUGGAAGCAAUUAAAAAGGUUGUCAGUCCAGAAACUGAAGUUGUGUAUGAAGAAAAUCCGGAUUCAAAUUUCCUUGAAGGGAAAGAAUUUUCUUAUGCCAUUGUUGUUGUUGGAGAAACUCCAUAUGUUGAGACCAUGGGUGACAAUUCUGUCCUCACAAUCCCUCUGAAUGGACCAGAGGUUAUAAACACUGUCUGCAAUAAGAAUAUCAAAUGCCUAGUAAUAAUGAUAUCAGGAAGGCCUUUAGUGGUGGAACCUUAUUUGAAUAAAAUGGACGCCUUUGUAGCUGCAUGGCUUCCUGGCAGUGAAGGGCAAGGUGUGACGGAUGUUAUACUUGGGGACUAUGAUUUUCAUGGAAGACUUCCAAGGACCUGGUUUAAGAGUGUGGAUCAGCUGCCUAUGAAUUUUGGAGAUGAGCAUUAUGAUCCACUCUUUCCUUUCGGAUUUGGAAUGAGCAUGAAUUUGCAAAGAAAUUCAAUUCAUUAAAUGCAGUGGUUCCUUUUCAAUUCAAAUAUGAAUCAAAUUAUAGCAUCGAGUAUUAUAAUAAAUCAAGUUUGAAGAUGAAGUUUAUCCUGUAAUAUAAUUAUCUAUUUUUUAAAGAUUUAAAUUCCGAAGUUUGUUUUUUAAUAGUGGUUCAUAUGGAUUUAUAUCUCAUGAACAAUGAAUCCACCUAGGUGAUGUUCUCAUGAGCAGAGCAUUGAGAACUCUUGAAAGGUAAUACAUAUCCUAAUACCACUCGAGUGUUUUGUAAUAAUGAUAUAAAAAAGAAUGUGUUUUGUAAUAAUGGUAUUAAAAAGAAAUUUGAUGAGGAAUCUUAUUUGAAUAAAAUGGAUGCCUAAGUGGCUGCAUAACUUCUUGACAAUGAAGGGCAAAGUGUGACAGAUGCUAUAUUUGGGGACUAUUUUUUAGUGGGUGGCUUCAAGGGCAUGAGAAUAUGGAUCAGCUCCCUAUGAACUUUAGAGAUGAGCAUUGUGAUCCAUCCUUUCCUUUUGGAUAUGGAAUAAGUAUGAAUUUGUAAAGCAAUUCAAUUUAUUAAAAUCAAUCGUUAUUGAA